CUCUAAUCCCGGGUUUCCUGGGCAGUUUGAACACAGCAGGGGGACAGGCGGACAUGGAGUCUGAACCAGUACAGCUGACCAGGAUGGAAUAUGCAAUGAAGUCCCUCAGCCUUCUUUCUCCCAAGUCUCUUUCUAGUUGGGUAGCAGUAAAUACCUUCGUGGUGACACAGCAACUGUUGUCUGAAACGAGUUCCGUGACCAAAGCCCGACCCUACCGCGUGAGCAAUGCCGAUCGGAGUGUUCGGAAGGGGAUCAUGGCUGAUAGUCUUUUAGACCUCAGCCACAAGGUACAAGAAGCUCUGUCUGUGGUAGACACCUUUUCCCUGGCUCUAGAAGAAGAUGGUACUAUCAUAGAAACAGAGGAAUAUUUCCAGACACUGAAUGAAAACACAGUUCUCAUGGUCCUAGAGAAGGGGCAGAAAUGGCGACCAGAAUCCAACCAGGGGUCUGGAUAUCAGCUCUCACUCUCUCAAAAGCCCUCUCAGAGGAUGGAUGUGGCCUCUGUGACCUUUGACUUAUACAAAGCAAGGCCGGAUGACUUCAUUGGCUGCCUGAAUGUAAAAGCAACACUGUAUGGCAACUAUACACUGUCCUAUGAUCUGCACUGCUAUGCAGCCAAGCGCAUCAUGAAGGAAGCUCUCCGAUAUGCACUCUUCAGCAUGCAGGCCACUGGUCAUGUCCUUCUGGGGACGUCCAGCUUGAUGCUACGUCUCCUUGAAGACACAGAGAAGCCACAGUCCCUGGAGGGGGGCAUACUACCUCUCCCAACAAACCUCAUAAUCCCUUCCCUUAUGAAAGUGCUACAGUGAAGCCUCAGGCCCAACAUUGAACUGCAGAGACCCAGAGUGCUUAUGACUGCCUGGGAGUAUUUUCACCAGGAUUUCUGCCAGUCUUCUAUCAAGUCUUUCCACCCUCCCGCCAUUAUACCACAAAGUCAGAGGAAGAAUAGAAGCAAUGGAUGUAGACUGAAGGGGAAGCUGUGGACUUUCUUGUUCCCUUUUCCCCCAUCUCUGCCCCCAAAGAGUCUGGCCAACCCCUUACCUGCUCAGAGUGACCUAUGCUGUAAGUCAUAGAACUCUGGGAUCCAUGAUCACUGUAACACAUGUCCCUGAAGAUGCAUUUCCCUAUUCUUGCCUCACUCCAGCAUCGCCUUGUGUUGUUAUAAAUUAUACCCACUAUGGUGGGAUACAUUUGUAAUAUGUAAAUUAUGGAAAUUAUGGCUUCCUUGUCUCUUUUUCUUACCAACUCUGUGCCUGUGUAUGGAUCUACAGGAUUGGGUGACUAUGUGAGCAGAGACCCAUAGGCUGUGAAUUCGACAGCUCCAACAAAUUGGAACCACUCCCUGCAGCCACUGGAAUGAGAGCUUUUGGAAUUUGAGGAGUUUGAAAAAGAGGAGACUGGAUCAUCCUCUUCCCAUUUCAAUUCCUUCAUGUGGUGGCAAAUGCUUAUGCAAUGUGUACUUAGGUGUUAAGCUAAGCAACCUCAUUAGGAAUGGGGGAAAAGAGGAGCCCACCCACAAAACAAGUGUUUCAAAGCAAGUUCAUGAAAGUUCUUUGUGGCUAGAUGGAGAAAGGAGUAGGAUGCUAUGGGGCUCAUCAUCUGUGUCCAGAUUGGGGUGACAGUGUGACUGCUCUCCAGGUUGAGGUGGUAUGAAGGUAUCAAGGAAAGCGCCCCAGACUUGUAUGAACUGAUGCAGAGUGAAUUGAGCAGAAUCAGGAGAACAAUUGAUACAAUAACAGUAAUAUUUAAAAAAGAAACAAAUUUGAAAAAUUUGGGAACUCUGAUCAACACAAUGACCAACCACAAUUCCAGAACACUCAAGGUGAAUCAUGCUGCUCACGUCUGGGUAGGGAGCAGUGGACUUAGGAUGCAGACUGAGACAUAUAUACAUUUUUCUUUUUGAGCAUGGCCAAUGCAUGAAUUUAUUUUCUUUGGUUCUACACAUAUUUGUGGCAGAUCUUGUUUUUCUUGUUUUCUUCUUUGGAAUGGAGGUGGGAGGGAGAGGAUGCAGAUCUGAAAAUAAAAUAAAAUUUAGAGUUUUGUUUAAAUACUUGGCAUAAAAAA